UCCCACUGCAGGUAACCAGUUAGCUAGAUUCUGUUGACUCUAAAAGUGGAUACAUCCCUUAUUUUUAUAUUUCUACUUUUUUAAGGUCCAACCAGAAGCUGGUGAUGUGGGGUCCCAUACUGAUUUUUUUCUCCUUUGUGGCGGCCCAGGUGACAUCUCAUGAAAUCAAGGUGGAGUGUCAUGAAUUUCACACUUUCCCUCCUAGUAGUGACAAGUCUCCAUCUUUGCUGGCGGACCUGAGAGUGGAGCUGGUGAAAGAAGGAGGAGAGGAUAUGUUGAACAUAAGCUGGGCAAUCAAUGUUGAUGGUAGUAAUGAAUACCUGACAGGCACUCGGAUCAUGAUCUCGGGAGAAGCAUCGUACCAUUGUACAUAUGACCCAGUUUUUGCAGAGGCAUGCCCUGCUGGAUCAGAGCAGAAAUGGUUUCAUUAUUUAGUAAAAGCAAGCUAUGGCUCCAACUUCAUCCAAGCUUCCAAUCUCCCUUUGCCUCCACCGGAGAUUGAAUCUUACAAGUAUACCAGGAUCGUAAUACCUUUUCCAAAAAUCACAUCAAAGCCUACUCCACUUCCUACAAAGUUGUCCACUACAGACUCGGGACCAGUUGUCCCAGAUGUGAACUUCAUCAGCGUAGCAGUGGCCAUUGUCGGGGGACUGGCUGGUUUGGGUAUCCUGACUUCCUGCUACAUAAUCUAUAAAAGCUGUGGAGCCAAAUCAACCUCACUUAGUUUUAGAAAGUUGCCUACAUCUCCACCAGUCCCUGUCCUCAUGGUGUACCCUGCUGAGAAUCCAGCUUUCCAGCAGGCCGUGGUGGCCCUGGCAGAGUUCCUGCAGUGGCACGGCGGCUGCAGCGUGGCUGUCGACAUGUGGCAGCAAACGAAGAUCGCAGUGCUGGGGCCAAUGCGCUGGCUGGCAGAACAGGCCAAGGCUGCACACAUAGUCCUCAUUGUGUGCCCACAGUCCUCUUCACAGCCCAGCCAUUCUUCUCCCAACCUCACCUUCCCAGAACCCUCCAUCCCAGCUGCAGCUCGUGACCUUUACCCCCUGAUUCUCAACAUGGUGGCGAGUCAUGCGAAGAACACCAGCGACCUGGCUAAGUUCUGGGUUGUGAAGCUUGGCGAGCAGUGCGACAAGAAGCCAAAUAACCUUGCGCCUGAACUGAGGGCCUGCAAGACUUUUUGUCUGAUGAAGGACUUGAACAAGCUGUGCUGGAGUCUACACAGCCAAAGUUUGUACGGCAAGAAGAUAUCUGAUUUGGUCUUCAGAGCAGGGGUGGCCUACAGUAAGAAGUGUACAGUGGCAUUAAGUGAAGCUGUGGAAAGGCUAAGUGGACAUCAGACAAGCAAUUAUAGAGAGGUGGAACCAUUAAAAACUUGCUUUUGUUUGAACAUCUGCAAUGAAAAUGUUUAGACUGAUGGAUAAAGAAGGGUCAAAAUAGUUAGUUAGUGAAUAGCUGAGUCUUUUUGCACUUUCUAAACUGCAUUCAUGUUAUGUUUUAAUAAUGGCAUAAACCUAUGCUCAUACUGGUUACCAGUUAAGCACUGGUGUGGUACCCCGGGGUGGGUACGUGUCAUAAGAAGUGGGGGCCUGGGGGAUUGUCACUCAGAGUUACAGUUCAGUGUAUGCACAUUUUUGGUGUCAUUUUAGAAUAAGUAUUUCUAUUUAGUGUAUGUUACUUUUUUUUUGAUAAUGCGCAUUUGUUUCUUCUAUAAUUACAUUGUAUUGUGUGCUUUUUUAAUGUGCAAAAAUCAUCAUCAUUUCUCAAAGCA